AGCUUUGCCGUGGGCCACAGCCUGUAUUGCAGUGGAGUAUCACAUACUGAAACCUUACCUAACACCGUGCAGAAAUGUGAUGGGUGGGUGGAGGAUGGGGAGCUAGAGCAUCUUCUGCAGCUGAGGCUCUGAAAUACAGGAGGACACUGCAUCUUCCUCAGGGACACAGGCAAGGGAGAGCUGGAGCCUCUGGGGGGCUCGGAAGGGAAUUGUGGUUGGUGGUCGCCUGAGGAACUCAUUCACCCCAAUGCUGCUCUGAAACCAGUCGUGUCCAACAGUCAGGUUUGGUAAGAUGCCUCAGGAACAGUACCCGCACCGGAGCACCAUGCAGACCUCGGAAGGACCCCAGGUAUACAAAGUGGGGAUUUAUGGCUGGAGGAAGAGGUGCCUCUAUUUCUUUGUGCUGCUCCUAAUGAUUUUAAUCCUGGUGAACCUUGCUAUGACCAUCUGGAUUCUGAAGGUUAUGAACUUCACAAUUGAUGGAAUGGGGAACCUGAGGAUCACAGAAAAGGGUCUGAAGCUUGAAGGAGAUUCAGAAUUCUUGAAACCUCUCUACGCCAAAGAAAUCCGAUCAAGACCAGGCAACCCACUGUACUUCCAGUCCGCCAGGAACGUCACCGUGAACAUCCUCAACGAGAAGACAAAAGUCCUCACUCGCCUUGUCACAGGUCCCCAAGCAGUGGAAGCACACAGCCAAAAAUUUGAGGUGAAAACCCUCUCUGGAAAAUUGCUGUUUUCUGCAGAUGACAACGAAGUGGUGGUUGGAGCAGAGAGAUUGAGAGUUCUAGGAGCAGAAGGCACAGUGUUCCCUAAAUCUAUAGAAACUCCCAAUGUCAGGGCAGACCCCUUCAAGGAACUAAGGCUGGAGUCGCCCACGCGCGCGCUGGUGAUGGAGGCUCCCAAGGGCAUCGAGAUCAACGCCGAGGCCGGCAGCCUGAAGGCCACGUGCAGGACAGAGCUCAGGCUGGAAUCCAAAGAUGGAGAGAUAACGUUGAAUUCUGCAAAAAUCAAACUACCUAACUUGCCUCAAGGAUCUUCCUCUUCUGCAGGGUCCAGGCAAAAAAUCUACGAGCUCUGUGUGUGUCCCAACGGGAGGCUGUUCCUGUCGCAGGCGGGCAGUAGCUCCACCUGCCAGAUAAACACGAGCGUCUGCCUUUGAGAGACAGUUUGCAGCGGGGCAUGGCAGGCAGCACAAAAGCCAGUUCUGGGCUCACAGAUCCAGCUGCCAACUAUUUUUACUAGAACACAGAAAGCCUAUCAAAGACUUUUUUUGUGUGUGCGCGCGCGUGUGUGUGAAUAUAUAUAUAAAAAAUAUAUAUAUAAGAUAUAUAUAUAUAUAUCCUCUGUGUAAAAUGAUGUUUCAGUACAAGGAAUCCCAGGGUGACCCUGUUACAUUUGUGUAGCAUUUCUCUUUCCCACGCCAGAAUUUACUGGUACAAUCUGCUGAAUUGGAUCUGAUGCUCCCCUGGACCCUUCUGUAUUAAUACAGUGCAAUGAUCACCCCUCGUUUUUGAUCAUGUUCUCAGAGCAGUGGGAUUGCUGGCUGGGCACUCAGGAACCAGUGCACACCCCCCACCAUCCAAAGGCAGGAGAAGCAUCUCUGAUUAUUUUUGUGCCAUUAAAUCGGUGGCAUGAAAAGUAAAUAAUUUCAAAACCAACAAAAUAGCCAGAUGUGCUGUGCUGAUCCCCUACAGUGAUCCAAGGUACCUGAGGUUAAUUACUCUUUAAUUAUCACCUGAAACACGGCUCCCUGCAGGGGGAGAUGGGUGCACUUGGCCAGUAGGAAAGUCCAGACCUUCUUACUGAAAUAAUAAAUGUGACUUUCUGAAGGGGUUCAACACUUGCCUGUGCAUGGCCAAGGACGCCUUGUGCUAUUCCAACAUUAACCUCAAAUCCUCUCUGUGCUGCCAAAACUGGUGUUGUGUUUAGUUAUUGCAAGGAGCAAAAUUGUGAAAGUUGGACUAAGCAGAAAAAUCCUGAAUCUCUUUUGUUAACAGGUGUCCUGGAUCACCCUAAAAACUCCCCAUUUACACCUUCAGUUUUGAACAUAUUUGGUGUGAAGGUGUGAAGAUUUAAGAUUUGGACAUUGCCUAAAUACCUGUAGAAGCAGAGAAAAUCAACUAGAAACUGAGAAAAUCAUAAAAUUAAGUGUAUAAUGUAGAUGCCACACCAGAAUUUUUGUCAUAUUUCAAGAUAUACAGUCCAAGGUCACUUAGAUUUGGUGGAAACUGCAAAUAUCAGAGAUGCUGAAAAUGAAAGACUUUUUUAAGGAUUUAUAAAGAUUGUGACAAAGCCAGAUUAAUGAAAGGAAGAGCUUUGGAUGCUGGUUCCUCUAGAAUUUGAGUCCCCAAAACUCUGUGGUUGAAUCUUAUCAUAGUUGCAUUUUUUCCUUAUUUUAAAGUCUAGGAGUCACGGGCAGGAUAAAAAACAAAAAUCUGAUCUGGUGACAUUGCUUCCACUUUUGAAGUUUUGGAAAAUAAUUAUAACAGCCCAGAUCAUUGAAUUCUGACCCAUAAUUUCAUCCACAUGCAUGUAAAAAUCCUUAAAAAAAACCCAAUUACAGCAAAAGUUUCCAAGUCACAGUAAAUGUCACGAGGACAGCAAGGUUUCUAAGCCACUGAGAUGCUUUAGAAAUAUUACCUCAUGUGCAAACAAGAGAGAUCUGUGCCCAUCCCCAGUGAUGUCUAACCAAAGCUGGUAUUCUUCAAGGGAUCUUCAAGAUAAAACAUAGCUGAAAGAAAUCUUUAGAAGUAAUUUAGCCCAUUCCUUCUUUUUACAGCUUUUCCCAUAUUUUCUUGUGGUCUUGAGAGUACCAGGGUUUGAUUUUUUUUUUUUUAUUUUUUUUUUUUAAUUAACAAUUCUGGCUUAAUCCAAAACUGAUUGGACUCAGAGAAGAUUUCUGUGGAGUUUAGAUUAGAUGUGUUGCUGCCUAACAAAGCAGCACUCCCAAAAAAUUUAUUCCUAAAAGAGGAUUGAAUUAUUUCCUUUCUAUUUCAACAAUGCUUUCUGAUAAAUUAACAAACCCAAACUAUUUGUUAAUGAAUGAUUCCUGUAAUUAUUUUGUCUUGAGUCAACGUUUGAAUGCAAAGGGUCACCCAGGGUAACAAUUGUAUUGGGACACAGGACUUUACCAUCUCUGUUCAAAGAGGGGAAUUGUGCCUAUGCCUUAAGUCAAUGCACUCAGCAAGGAGAAGCACAUCAUAUUUAUCUUGUUAUUAAAUCUAGUUUAUUUGGGGGGAGGGGCAGGAGGGUGUCUUGGGAACUGGUUGUGCAACUUAAAACAGAGAUUGAUGAAAUACAUUGUAGGGACACCUAGAAUGAUACAGACUUUUUUUUUAACCAUGUUAAAUAUAGCAAAAUACUGUGUACGUUACCUCUGGGACCGUGACUGAAGUCCCAUUCAUAGUCCUACAUUUACUGUAGAAUUUUCUUCCCUGUUUCAUUGAAUACUGAUCCCAAACCUCAUAGCAAGCAUGGCCCAAAUCCUGUGUGAGCAGUUUGAGAGUUCCUGUAAAUGAAUGAGAUUGACUUUCCAGCCCUGGGAGUAUUGAGGUGGUGAGGAAGGCAGGGCUGAACACAGGGACUGCCCCAUCAGGGAUGCUGCAUCCUGAUUUUGUGCUCCACUCUGGACACACCAGUGGCUCAAUCCUCAUCCCUGUGCCACCCUGUGGCUGCUCCCAGUUUCCAUCCCAACAAAUUAAUUCUGAGUGGCUGCUUUCCUCAGCUGGGCUCUUGGAUGAGGUUAUCACCUUCUCAUAUCAUAACAACCACGAAUCUGCUGAGGACAUUCAUAUCUUGGUGUGAAUUUCUGCUGGGGAGCUGUUAGGAAAUAACCUUAACAUCUGUGCCAUCACUGCAGAUGCUUCUCUGAGGUGAACAAAGGGAACAAACCUGAAUUAUGUCUACUGAAAGAAAUUGUUUCAAUAUAUCUUACAACCAUGUUUCCAUCUUAAAAAACGUAAAAUUAUGUGUUGUGUUGAAAUGUGAGGAAUUGUUGUUGGAAAGAAUGAACCCCUGUAAGGAUUUGUGGGUCAUGUGAACACCACUUGAGUUUUAAGGCAGUGCUUUGGGUGAUGCUGCCUGUGCUGGGCAGAGAAUGGGUCAGGAAUAUUCCUGAGGAGAAGGACUUGGGUUGUUGGUUGAGGAGAAGCUGAGCAUGACCUGAGGUGCAGUCACAGCCCAGAAAGCCAAACCUGCCCUGGGCUGCAUCCAAAGCAAUGAGGGAGGGGAUUCUGAGCUCUUGUGACACCCUGCAGUGCUGUGUCCCAUGGAUGGGGACACAUGGGGGAGUCCAGAGGAGACCACAAAGAUGCUCUGGGAGCUGGAGCCCCUCUGGGAGUGCUGGGGGUGUUCACCUGGAGAAGAGAAGGCUCCAGGGACACCUCAGAGCCCUAAAGGGGCUCCAAGAGAUCUGGAGAGGGACUUUGUACAAGGCAGGGAGUAACAGGACAUGGAAGAGUGGCUUCAAGCUGACAGCAGGCAGGGGUAGGUUAAAUAUUAGGAAGAAACUAUUUGCUGUGAGGGUGGUGAGGCCUGGCACAGGUUGCCCAGAGAAGCUGUG